AUGGUAAUCAUAAGGACAAAUCUGUAUCACUCCGUAAAUGGACAUAAUAUUGGUAUAAGAAAACAGGAGAGGGAGAAGGAGUGUGAGGAGAUAAGAGGAGAAGGAGUGCGAGGAGAGAAGAGGAGAAGGAGUGCGAGGAAUGAAGAGUUAGAAGAUGUACGGGGAGAGAAGAGGGGGAGCGCGGGGAGAGAAGGAGGAGAAGGAGUGCAGGGAAAGAAGAGGGAGGAGUGCGAGGAGAGAAGAGGGAGAAGGAGUGUGAGGAGAGUAGAGGGAGGAGAUCGGGAAGAUUUGGAGGAAGAUGGAGUGCGGGGAGAGAAAAGGGAGGAGAUCGGGAAGAAAAGAGGAAGAAGGAGUGUGGGGAGAGAAGAGGGGAAGUGUGGGGAGAGAAGAGGGAUGGGUGUGGGGAGAGAAGAUGGAGGAGUGAGGGGAGUGAAGAGAGAGAAGGAGUGCGUCUGGAUGGGUGUGUAUUAG